AUGAACGCGAUUUCGGGGUCGCUUACCUUCUAUAGGAAAGUCCCAUUUAAGGUCGCUACCCCGCUAGAGGCUGCCUCGAAGAAAUCAAAUAGUUUUAUUACGAGUGCAUGGAUUGGCUGUAAUCAAGUUAAUAGCGAGAUCACUGCUCUUCCUAUCUCUAAUCAUAGAAAAUAUAGCACUUCAUCCGGCCUGGCUACUACCCCUUCUGCUUGUGGGAUAUGGAUCUCGACGCGGAAGAUCGAUUAUAUUAAUGGUCGAAAAGCGGAGCCUAGAGCGAAGCCAAUAUAUAGAUGUGGCCAAGCUUUCGCUAAUAAGCGUGGCCUUCGACAUCAUUUGUAUGACACCUAUAAGCUGAAUAAAGCCAUAUGGUUAAAUCUAAAGCUUCCGAGAAAGAGAAAGCGUACCUAUAAGGCAGAAGCGCAAGUAUCUUCUAUGGAGUCAGAGGAGCAGCCUCCGAAGAAACUCCGCUUCUACCGCUACCUACCUCCGCGUCACGAGCUUAAGUAUCAACUGUUAGAAAACGUAUUUAUGCCUAUUCCCACGUUACAUUCGUUUGUCGAGGAACAUUAG